AGAGAAUACAGUUAAAUUAUAAACUCUAAGUAUUUUUUUAUUGUUACUUAAGUGAGCAAUAUCUCUUAUACGAAAAUGGCGUUCGAACUCCCCAGGUUUACAAGAUGCUGCUGUUGUUUAUCAUUACGAACAGGAUGUUUAAUUAUUGGUUAUUUCUCUAUUGUAAGUACAAAACUAUUUUUAAUUAAUUGCUCUCUAGGCCUGACUGGAACCUCGAUCUCUCUGUACAAAGUAAUUGUAUACGUGGUUAAUGAUAAUGGAGUACAUCCCAAUCAGCCCCCGGGUGCAGUGAAGAAGUCCGCUUUAGGACUUUACAUAGUACAUGCCUAUUAUCUCAUAGUAUUUUUAUAUCUGCUUAUUAUUAGCUCAAUAUUGGUUAUUGGAGUACAUUCGACAAAGCCACAUUAUUUGAGACAUUACUUCAGAUCUGGAAUGCUUUGGCUAUUUAUUGGUUUGGUAUUGGUAAUAUUAUCCUGUAUGUUUGUUGGCAUUCUUGGCACGUUACCUUUAUUCAAAUGGUGUUUUAUACAUUUCGUCAGCUUAAUUGUAGUCCGAAGCACGUACUUGGAUAUGGAAGAAAGAAAUAUGGAGGCCUCAUACAAAAUGGCUAGCAUUUAUAAUCCUCAUUUAUCACGACCAUUGAUGGCAUAA